AGCCGGCACCAUGGCCCGAAAUGCAGAAAAGGCCAUGACUGCUCUGGCAAGGUUUCGUCAAGCUCAGCGGGAAGAGGGAAAAGUCAAGGAACGAAGACCCUUUCUUGCUUCUGAAUGUACUGAGUUGCCCAAAGCUGAGAAAUGGAGGCGACAGAUCAUUGGAGAGAUCUCAAAAAAAGUUGCUCAUAUUCAGAAUGCUGGCUUAGGGAAAUUCCGAAUUCGAGACCUGAACGAUGAAAUUAACAAGCUGCUGAGAAAGAAAGGCCACUGGGAGGUCCGGAUCAAGGAACCGGGUGGUCCUGAUGAUGGAAAAGUUGGCCCUAAGAUGCUGGAUCAUGAGGGUAAAGAAGUCCCAGGAAACCGUGGUUACAAGUACUUUGGGGCAGCAAAAGACUUGCCUGGUGUCAGAGAACUGUUCGAGAAAGAACCCCUCCCUCCUCCCAGAAAGACAAGCGCCGAGCUCAUGAAGGCGAUCGACUUUGAAUAUUACGGUUACCUGGAUGAAGAUGAUGGAGUUACUGUGCCUUUGGAACAAGACUAUGAAAAGAAACUCAGAGCUGAGCUGGUAGGAAAAUGGAAAGCAGAGAGAGAGGCUCGACUGGCAAGGGGAGAAAAGGAAGAGGAGGAGGAAGAGGAGGUCAACAUCUAUGCUGUCACCGAGGAAGAGUCUGGUGAGGAAGGCAGCCAAGAGAAGGCAGGGGAGGAUGCCCAGCAGCAGAAGUUCAUCGCUCAUGUUCCGGUGCCAUCGCAGCAGGAGAUCGAGGAGGUGCUUGUGUGGAGGAAGAAAAUGGAACUGCUCCAGAAAUAUGCCAGUGAGACCCUGCAGGCACAGAGUGAGGAAUCCAAGCGGCUCCUGGGGUCCUAG